AUGGCCAAACCCAGAGUGAUCUACUGGUUCCGGACGGAUCUGCGACUGCACGAUUCUCCAGCCCUGAGAGCCGCUUUGGACCUCAAUGCUGAGGCCUUCUGGCCGAUAUGGACCUGGGAUCCUCACUAUGUCUACCGAGCCCGGGUCGGGACGAACAGAUGGCAAUUCCUGAUCGACUGCCAAGACGACGUCUCCAAAUCCAUCACCAAGCUCAACGAGAAAUCAAAAUUGUUUCUGAUGAGGGAAGCGCCGCAGACGCUGUUCCCGAAGCUCUUCAAAGCGUGGAAGAUCACGCAUCUGGUCUUUGAGAAGGACACGGAUGCCUAUGCCCGAGAUCGAGAUGCGGAGAUCAUGAGAGCUGCCAAGGAGGCGGGCGUAGAAGUCAUUGUGCGUUCUGGCCGCACGUUAUGGGAUAGCGAUGAGUUGGUGAAGAAGAACCGCGGGAAGCCGACUAUGAGUAUCAGCCAGGUCCAAGCUGCCGGCCCGAAAGUCGGGCCUAUACCGCGCCCGAUACCUGCGCCGGAAUCGAUCCCGGAUCCAGGCGAGACGAGUCUGGAUUUCGAGCAGCAUCAUCCGGAACGGGAUCCGGAUUUUAACAGGAGGACGAGAGAGAAGAGUGAUAAAUCCUAUGAAAGCAUUGCAGGACCUAAUGGGGAUUUCGCGCCUCCGACAUUGGAAGAGCUUGGUUUUCCUGCAGCAACGACACCUCACCGUGGCGGCGAAACCGUCGCCCUCAAGGCCCUGGACAAGCUUAUAGCGAAUGAGAAAUACACUGCCACAUUCGAGAAACCCAACACCGCCCCGACGGCCUUUGAACCACAAUCCACCACCCUCCUCUCCCCACACCUGCACUUCGGCAGCCUCGGUAUCAGGGAGUUCUACUGGCGUGUCCAAGACGUCGUCGACUCGUUUUCUGGCAAGGCCUCCGGUCCUCCAGUAUCCCUGACCGGCCAGCUCCUCUUCCGCGACAUGUAUUUCGGCGCGCAGGCUUCACUGGGUUACGCCUUUGGGCAGACGAUGUACAACUCGCACUGCCGCUUCAUUCCCUGGCACCUCCCUUCCAAGGUAAACCAUGACACCAAACUCGUAAUGGGGGAGUACCACAUCGAUUCUCCCCAGGCCGAGGAGUGGUUCCAGAGGUGGAAGAACGGGGUGACUGGGUUCCCGUGGAUCGACGCCCUGAUGCGGCAACUGAAGCAGGAGGGCUGGAUCCACCACCUAGGCCGGCACGCCGUCGCAUGUUUCCUCACCCGCGGCGGGUGCUACAUCUCCUGGGAGAGGGGCGCCGAAGUCUUUGAGGAGCUGCUGCUCGAUCACGAGACGGCGUGCAAUGCUGGGAACUGGCAAUGGCUGUCCUGCACGGCGUUCUUUGCGCAGUUCUACAGGUGCUACUCGCCGGUGGCUUUUCCGCAGAAAUGGGACAAGGAGGGGAAGUUUGUGAGGAAAUAUGUGCCGGAGCUGGCCAAGCUGGAUAAGAAAUUUAUAUACGAGCCUUGGAGAGCGCCCUUGUCGGAGCAGAAGAAAGCAGGCGUUAGCGUGAAGGGCGAUGGGCAAGGGAAGGAGAAAGGCGUGUACCCAAAGCCGAUGUUUGAAUUCGCGGAGAGGCGGACGGUGUGUAUGGAGGGGAUGAAGGAGGCGUAUAAGGUAGGUUUGUACGGGGAUCAUGAGAAGGUUGUUGAUGGGACGUGGAGGGAGCUGUUUGGAGAUGUGGGGGAAGGUCCGACGGAGGGGAAGAGCUUUGAGGAUGCGAUGGGAGAGGGGAAAGGGAGUGAGGAUAAGAUUCGGGAUGGGGGGAGUGUGGAUGGGGACGACGAUGCUGUGGCCGAGGACGAGAACGGUGCUGCUGAGAUGGGAGGCGAAAGCAGGGGAGGUGAUCGGACGAAGAAGAUCACUAAGCGAAAGGGGCAGGGAACUUUAGACGGGCUCGUGAAGCGAACGAGGCGCAAAUCGUAA